AGAUUCAUACUUUCCAUGGCAAAAAUAGACUGCAUAUACUUGGUGGAAAAUGGAAAGGCCCAAGCUGCUAAUUUUCCAUUUUGUACAAUAGAGCCAAAUGUAGGGAUUGUUGCUGUUCCCGAUUCUCGUCUCCCUGUACUCUCGGAUCUCAGCAAAUCUCAGCGUUCUGUUCCAGCAUCAAUAGAAUUUGUGGAUAUUGCUGGGCUUGUCAAGGGUGCAAGUCAAGGCGAGGGGUUGGGUAACAAGUUUUUGUCGCAUAUUCGUGAGGUGGAUUCUAUACUUCAGGUUGUACGAUGUUUUGAAGACAAUGACAUUGUUCAUGUGAAUGGGAAGGUUGACCCCAAGUCUGAUAUCGAUGUUAUCAAUUUGGAGCUCGUUUUCUCAGAUUUGGACCAGAUUGAAAAAAGAAUUGAUAAGCUAAAGAAGGGCAAGGCAAAGGAUUCACAAUCUAAACUCAAGGAAGAGGCAGAAAAGUCUGCAUUGGAAAAGGUUCAACAGGCGCUUAUGGAUGGAAAGCCUGCACGAUCUGUGACCUUAACAGAUUUUGAAAGGGAUGCUGUAAAACAUCUCUGCUUACUCACCAUGAAACCUAUUAUAUAUGUGGCAAAUGUUGCAGAAACCGAUCUUGCAGAUCCUGCAGACAAUAAUUUUGUCAAGGAUGUUACAAAUGUUGCAUCUGAGUUGCAGUCCAGAAUUGUAACAAUUUCGGCACAGGUUGAGGCAGAGCUUACUGAGCUACCUAUUGAAGAACGACAAGAAUAUUUGCAAUCUCUUGGUGUUAGUGAAAGUGGUCUUGGAAACUUAAUCAGGGCAACUUAUGACCUUUUGGGUCUGAGAACUUAUUUUACUUCUGGUGAAAAGGAGACAAAAGCGUGGACAAUACUUGCAGGAAUGACUGCACCUCAAGCUGCUGGAGUUAUUCACUCUGACUUUGAGAAAGGUUUCAUUCGAGCAGAGACAGUGUCUUAUGAUGAUUUUGUUGCUGCUGGUUCACUUGCUGCAGCACGAGAGAAAGGAGUUUUGAGAUCUGAAGGAAAAGACUAUGUUGUACAAGAAGGAGAUGUCAUGUUGUUUCGGUUCAAUGUUUAGCAGAAUUUACUACUGUACCAGACAGUGGAGAAGUUGAGAUGUAUUUUUGACCAAGGUCAGAAUUUUUAUUUUCAGCCAAUCAGUGAUCAUAGAUAAGCAUUGUUUGUUUAUAGUGUCAAUUGAUAAAUGCUCCCCUUCUAGGAGAAAGUGAGGAAAUUGAGAUACAAUUUAUGACUACAGGUCAGAAAAUUUUGGCAAAAUUGAUGGCUAGAAGUCAAUAUUUUUGGCAGCCAAUUUCUUGUUAAAAUUUUAAGAGAUAUUGUUUUGUUGUACUGAUU